UUUACAUAUGUAGAGUGCAGUCACUUCCGUUAUCUCACAACAUCAAAUCUAUGUUUCUAGCAAGUGAUAUUAGUUUUGUGUAAUUUAAUUAUUUUGGAUGUAAUCAAAAUUAUAGGGAAUUAAAUUUUCUAUUGUUUAACAAGUGAUUUAUAUUUAAUUCGUUUUCUGAGAUAAGAGAAUUCAUAUUCAAUGUUUUCUUUCCAAUCUCAUAAUCAGGUGUUGUAUCAUCUGACACAAUUAACUUCAACAGUUAAUUCAAAACCUAAACCAUUUCAAAUUAAAAACAAAAAAGAAAAUGAAUUUAAAAAAGCUGCGAAUGAUGCCUCAAAUAAUACUUCAGCAAAAACUGGAAAAAGUUAUGUGAAAGUAUCAAUAGACAAAUUAAACUUACAUGAUGUAGUUGCAACACUUAAUAUAAGGAAAAAUAAUGUUUGGGUAAUGUUACAUCAACUUUCCACAAAAAUUUGUAACGAAAAUAUCAAAGAAAACAAGUGGAAAGUAUCUUAUGUAUCUGAAACAAGUUUCACGCAAAACAAACAUAAGUUGCUUUGUACAGAAUUUAUGGAACCGAUCAUUUUACCAAUUACAUGUUUAUUAUUGAAACAGAAUUAUAGAACGUCAUGUGAUCUUUCCAUUAAAAAUCCAUUUAAUUAUCAUUUACAAAUUCGUAGUUUUAGAACAAGACAUAACACGAAAGUAAAUUUAGACACAAAACCAUCGUUUAUGAACAAGUUGAAAGAAUGGUUUCUUUUUACUUCAGAAAUGAGAUCACAUUUGAAGAUGGAAUCAGAGUAUAAUAGAGUGAAAAAUAUAUUUGCUAAGAGUGAUGAGCCAACACAGAACGCCAGCAAAAUCAAAGCAGCUUUUGUUGAAGGAUAUGAAGCUGGACUUCAACGACAUAUUCGUUCACGUUCUCUAUUCUCAAAGUUAUUGACUCCGCUCCUACCUAUAACUUUGGUUUUUCUAGCAGCGUAUUUAACAGUUUCUAAAGGGGGAGAUGUAUUUCGAUUUACACUUGGUCGAAGAUCUGAGAUCAAUCCAGAAACAAUUAACGUGACUUUUGAUGAUGUAAAAGGCGUUGAAGAAGCAAUGGAGGAAUUGAGAAAUAUAGUUGAGUUUUUGAAAAAUCCAGAAAGAUUCUCUGCACUUGGUGGAAAAUUACCUAAAGGUAUAUUAUUAGUGGGACCACCAGGAACAGGAAAGACAUUAUUAGCCCGAGCUAUAGCUGGUGAAGCCGGUGUACCAUUCUUUCAUGCAGCUGGACCAGAAUUUGAUGAACUUUUUGUUGGACAAGGUGCACGUAGAGUAAGAGAGUUAUUUAGGGCAGCAAAAGAAAGAGCACCCGCUGUUAUAUUUAUUGAUGAAAUUGAUUCUGUUGGUGCAAAACGUACAAAUUCAGUUAUUCAUCCAUAUGCAAAUCAAACAAUAAAUCAGCUGUUGGCAGAGAUGGAUGGAUUUUUGCAAAAUCAAGGUGUUAUAGUAUUAGGUGCGACUAAUAGACGAGAUGAUUUAGAUAAAGCAUUGUUGCGACCCGGUCGUUUUGAUGUUCAAGUUUUUGUAAAUAAACCAAAUAUUUCUGGUAGGAAGGAUAUUUUGAAUUUAUACUUGUCAAGAGUAUUAACACGAGAUAUUGAUGUAGAAUAUUUAGCUCGUUGUACUGCUGGAUUUACUGGAGCCGACAUAGAAAAUAUGAUAAAUCAAGCAGCUUUAAAAGCAGCAGUAGAUGAUGAUAAGUAUGUAACUAUGAAACAUCUAGAAUAUGCCAGAGAUAAAGUAUUGAUGGGUCCUGAAGGAAAACUAAAAAUGAUUGAUGAGGAUGCCAAGCUUCUUACAGCAUAUCAUGAAGCAGGACAUGCAUUGGUUUCAUAUUAUACUAAAGAUGCUGUGCCAUUACAUAAAGUUACUAUAAUACCUCGUGGACACUCUUUAGGACACACGUCAUUUAUGCCAGAAAAAGAUGUAUAUCAUACAACAAAAUCACAAUUACUAGCUACCAUGGAUUCGAUGAUGGGUGGUCGUGCUGCAGAAGAAUUAAUUUUUGGACCUGACAAAGUGACAACUGGAGCAGCAAGUGAUUUUCAACAAGCAACAUUAGUUGCUGAACAAAUGGUGAAAAGUUAUGGUAUGUCUGAAAAAGUUGGUUUUCGGGCACAUACAGAUUCAAGCAGUCAACUCUAUAAUGGAGGUAGUGAUUAUGGUCCUAGUACUAAUGAACUCAUUGAUAAUGAAGUAAAACGGCUUUUACAGGAAUCAUAUGAUCGUGCGAGAACAAUAUUGAAAACUCAUGCAAAAGAACACAAGCAAUUGGCAGAAUCUUUACUUAAAUAUGAAACAUUAGAUGGCGAUGAAGUAAAAGCUAUACUGAAUGGAAAAAAAACUCAAAUUGAAUCAUUAAACACUCAACCAUCAAUUGUAGAUCCAACAAAACAUGUAUUAUAAUUAGCAUGAAAAAUCAAUUUAAAAUAGAAACUAAAAUAAAUUCCUUGGUACAUUAUCCUAGUUUACAGUUAUACUUUAAUAUUAAUUGUUUUACAGUGUUACAUAUCUAAAGAGUGAUCGACGUUUUAUUAAAGUAUGUAUGAUAAGCUAUGUCUUUACACUGUUUUUUAUUACUUAUUUAACUAAAAUGUAGUAAGUUUUACAAUAACUUAUGUAUAUAUAUUAUUACUUUUAAAUUUAAAACAGAUUUUCCUAUUUUCUUACCACGAUGUUUAUGGUUUAUUCAUUAUAUAACAAAUUUCAUAAUUUUUUCUUUAAUUUUAAAAAUAUUUUUACUGCAUCUUAAUAACAUAGAUAUUCUUGAAAUAGCCUAAAAGUAUUUGAAAUGAUUACUGUGUUUUAUCUAUUUAAACAUUUGCUUAACUUUUCGAUAUUUUGUAGCCUCGUCAAUACUAUUUACUAAAAACUGUUUGAUCUAAUUAGCGUUAAUUUACACACAACCGAAGUCUGUUAUUUAUCAUGUGAUUGUUUUGUAAAUAAAUUUCAUUUUUUGAACCCAUAUACAGAGGGGCGCGCCAAAGGUAUCUGCCGCCCGGGUGUAAACUUUUACUGGUGUAUCCUUAAAAAAUUGAAAAACAUCAUUGUGAUCUUUCAACUUUACUUCGCUACAAGACAGUACGUCGUCCCAUUCUUCAUACUAUACUGCAUUGCAUAAUUCAAAGUAAACAUUAGGUGUAUAAAAUAAAUAUUAGAUAUUUGUUUUUUGCCGCCCGGAUACGGUGCACUUCUUCCACCUUUGGGUUGGCGCGGCCCUGCAUAUAUAGCUUGUCACCGUUUUGAUGGUACAAACUGAAAGGAAGUAAAUCUAAAUGUAAAAAUAUGUUGAACCCUUGCUAAAUUUUCAACAUUUAUUCGAAAAUGAUAUCUUGUAUGAUAAAAUACCACUCUACGUUUCCAAUUUAUUUUUACUAGACUGGUCCAGAAUUAGUUAGAUCCAGGUUUAUUAGGGAUAUUUUCGAAUUGAAUUUUUUCGAAAAUAAAGUUCUAAAUGAAUAAAUUUGAUUGUUUUUUAAACUUAUUUUUUAUGUAGAUUCCACUUUCUUUCGGCUUGUAUCGCCAGAUCGGCGACAUCCUGUAUAUUUAAUAAUUGCAUAAUCACUGUUGUACUUUUUAGAAUUUGUUGAACUUUCUUUAAAGCUUUAAUAUUGUUGAAAGAAGCUAGCGUCACUUAGAUAUUACCUAUGUUAUUAUUACACUCCUUACGCGAGGUAUUUACAUUGUGAAUUGAUUUUAACAAUUCCCAGUAUAUUAGUCACUUAUGUACUUCCAAAUAACAGCACAUAUUUUUUUAUAUCGUAAUCAAUGGUGAUGGUUCUAAAGUAAAUCUCUAAAUUCAAGAUAAAAGAAGUAUUUUUCAAUAUUAAUAUUAAAGAUGCAAAUUGUUAUUUAUUAAUACCGUUUUGCAAUAUUGAAAAUAAUGUAUAUUUUAGGCUAAAUUAGUUAAUAUGUAGUUUUUUUAUGGGGAAGUUAAACCAUAUAUGAUUUUAUUGAAAAGUACAUAAUGCUCUCAUUACACACUUCCUUCUGACAUUCUUUAUUGAACAUAUUUUUCGAAAUAAUUAUAGAAACAUGUUAAAAUGAAGAACUGAUGCAAACCACAAUUCC